AUGUCGAUCACAGAACAUCAUAGAUGGAUUUCAUCCUUGGGGAAAGGAAAUAGUUGUUUAAGUGCAGACAAACUAGUUUCCUUAGAUAGGGAACAUGCACAGGAGCACAACAUUCGGAAUCGCUCUGUUUCUAUGCCAAUAUCAAGCGUGUUGGCACUUGCCGAUGUUGAGUAUGACAUUGAGAACAGAAGAUUUAGCUCUCCCGAUGCCUUGAUACCCCGAAAGACCAACUUUUCUCAUCAGACAAGACUAAGAAGUAUUCAGCUCAAGAAGUCAAAUCAUCGACAAAAGAGAAUAAGCAAAAAUAAUGAACAGUCAAAGACCUACAAAGUGGAGAAAGUCGUCCAUACGAACUUGGAUAUCAAAGAAAGCACCAAACUGAUUGAAGUGUAUGGAAGAUAUAAUGUUGGAAGAGCAAGCUUCAUGCAACUCUUGAAAUCAUACCAUCCCCUAGAUACUAGUGAUGAGAAAUGCAGCAGAAUUGUUUUGGAAGAAAAUGACACAAAGACUUGUCUGAUCUUCAAGGCUGUCGAGAUAUGUCGGGAAAAGACAAUAGAAGAUGACGAAGCAGACGUCUGUGUUGUGAUGUUCGCAGUGUCUGACAAAGCAUCCUUCCAGUACGCCAAAAUGUGCGUGCAGAGCAUACGAAGAACCCAUCGGGAAGAUGUGCCCAUAUUUCUUGUGGCGAACAAAUCGGACAUGAUUCGAUACCGCAAAGUAUCGACAAAUGAUGCCGUGAGGGUUGCCGACCUUCAUAAAUGCCAAUAUAUUGAAACAUCUUUGACUCUGAAUCACAAUGUAAAGGAAUUACUUCGAGGCAUUCUAAAAGUUCAAGUUGAGAUCUCAAAACCCAGAACACGCUUCCUGAGGCUUCGGCGAAUAGCCAAAGCGUUUCGGAAUAGGAUGAAGCGUACUUUCUUUAAGUAGUUGUAUAACUGUAGAACUAGUGCUGAAAUAAAGCAUUAUCAAACGUUUAUUUGCUUGUCAUUGUAAAUAAAUUGUUGUAUUAAUUAAUCUAUGAAGGUUCAUGUGUGGCGUGAUAAGUCAUUACUGAAUUACUGGUGCUUAUGUUCGCUUACUUAUGAAUGGAAGGUGAAGAUAACGAACAGUGC